GGCAGCUCGCAGCGUCCGGCGGACGAAGGCUGCAGCAGCAGGCUUACCUGUGACAGGUGCUGGCGUGGCCAGGGUGCGGGAAGAUGCUGCGCGAGCGGACAGUGCGGCUGCAGUUCGGGAGCCGCAUUGAGGCGGUAUACGUGCUGGGCACGCAGCUCUGGACCGAUGUCUACAGCGCGGCCCCAGCCGGGGCCAGAAUCUUCAGCCUGAAGCAUUCAGAGCAUGUCUGGGUAGAGGUGGUACAUGACGGGGAGGCCGAGGAGGUGGCCACCAACGGCAAACAGCGCUGGGCUCUCUCACCCAGCACCACACUGCGGCUCACCAUGAGCCAGGCUAGCACCGAGGCCAACAGCGACAAGGUCACCGUCAACUACUAUGAGGAGGAGGGCAGUGCACCCAUUGACCAGGCUGGACUCUUCCUCACGGCCAUUGAGAUCUCCCUGGAUGUGGAUGCAGACCGGGACGGCGUGGUAGAGAAGAACAACCCAAAGAAGGCAUCCUGGACCUGGGGUCCUGAGGGCCAGGGAGCCAUCCUGCUGGUGAACUGUGACCAAGACACGCCCUGGCUGCCCAAGGAGGACUGCAGUGACGAGAAGGUCUACAGCAAGCAAGACCUCAAGGACAUGUCCCAGAUGAUCCUGCACACCAAGGGCCCCGACCGCCUGCCUGCAGGAUACGAGAUGGUUCUCUACAUUUCCAUGUCAGACUCGGACAAAGUGGGCGUGUUCUACGUGGAGAAUCCGUUCUUCGGGGAGCGCUACAUCCACAUCCUGGGCCGGAAGAAGCUCUACCAUGUGGUCAAGUACAUGGGUGGCUCCGCGGAGCUUCUGUUCUUUGUGGAAGGCCUCCGCUUCCCCGACGAGGGCUUCUCAGGCCUGGUCUCCAUCCACGUCAGCCUGCUAGAGUACAUGGAUGAGGGGAUUCCCCUGACACCCAUCUUCACAGACACCGUGACGUUCCGAAUUGCACCGUGGAUCAUGACGCCCAACAUCCUGCCUCCCGUGUCAGUGUUUGUGUGCUGCAUGAAGGACAACUACCUGUUCCUGAAGGAGGUAAAGAACCUAGUGGAGAAAACCAACUGCGAGCUGAAGGUCUGCUUCCAGUACAUGAACCGAGGAGACCGCUGGAUCCAGGAUGAAGUUGAGUUUGGCUACAUCGAGGCCCCCCACAAAGGCUUCCCUGUGGUGCUGGACUCCCCCCGAGAUGGGAACCUCAAGGACUUCCCCAUAAAACAGCUCCUGGGCCCAGAUUUCGGCUACGUGACCCGGGAGCCUCUCUUUGAGUCCGUCACCAGCCUUGAUUCCUUUGGGAACCUGGAGGUCAGCCCCCCGGUGACUGUGAAUGGCAAGACAUACCCCCUUGGCCGGAUCCUCAUUGGGAGCAGCUUCCCUCUGUCUGGCGGGCGGCGGAUGACCAAGGUGGUGCGAGACUUCCUGGCAGCCCAGCAGGUGCAGGCACCUGUGGAGCUCUACUCGGACUGGCUAACCGUGGGUCACGUGGACGAGUUCAUGACCUUCGUCCCCAUCCCAGGCAAAAAGGAAUUCCGGCUGCUCAUGGCCAGCACUGCGGCCUGCUACAAGCUCUUCCAAGAGAAGCAAAAGGAGGGCCAUGGGGAAGCCAUCAUGUUCAAGGGCCUGGGGGGGAUGAGCAGCAAGCGGAUCACCAUCAACAAGAUCCUGUCCAAUGAGAGCCUUGUGAAGGAGAACCACUACUUCCAGCGCUGUCUAGACUGGAACCGCGACAUCCUCAAGAGGGAGCUGGGGCUGACGGAGCAGGACAUCAUCGACCUGCCCGCUCUGUUCAAGAUGCACGAGGGCCGCCAGGCCAUAGCCUUCUUCCCAAACAUGGUGAACAUGAUCGUGUUGGACAAGGACCUGGGCAUCCCCAAGCCUUUUGGGCCCCAGGUGGAGGAGGAAUGCUGUCUGGAGAUGCACAUGCGUAGCCUCCUGGAGCCCCUGGGCUUCUGCUGCACCUUCAUCGACGACAUUUCCGCCUACCACAAAUUCCUGGGGGAGGUGCACUGCGGCACUAAUGUCCGCAGGAAGCCCUUCACCUUCAAGUGGUGGCACAUGGUGCCCUGACCUGUGGGCUCCAUGCUUCCCUCUGCCCCUGAGUUAUCCGGGCCCUUCCCCUGCCUGAGCUGGACUGAGUAACACUGCUGGGAGACUUUUGGGGAGUAGGGUGGAAUUUGGGGCAACUGUGCCUUGUCCUCCCUGGGAAGGACCUGUGUUACCUCCAGUGAGCUUCAGCUCUGUUCCUCCUGAAAAUAGCUGGCUGUGUGGCUGGCGUCUGCAGAGCCCUGACAUGAGAGACAAAACAAAACCCAAAAAUCGUGUAUCCAAACCAUUCCCCAAGAAUCCUUAGUCUCUAUUCCAAACUGGAGUGGUGUUGGGGGAGGAGAAGGAAAUCUGGGGUCACUGUUUCUUCCAACAGCCAGACCCUAAAGCUCAAGGUUGGUCAUGUGGAAAGGGACCCUAGCACCCCAGGCAGACUUGAAGUGCAAUCAUUUUAAAUUCACUGCCGCCUCAAACUGUUCAUUCCUCACCACCUCUCAACCCUCCUGACUUUCUGCAGUGUAGAUACCCUGGGUUAGCCCUCCCCACUCCCUGUGGGUCCAAUAAUCCAGUGUAGAACCUUCCCUGGAAACCAAUGUUCUCAGAGCAGGCUUCUGCCCCAGAGGCUUGGGGGCUCUCUCCCCAGACCAGCACCCAUGUGCCUGAGCUCAGCUGUAAAGCUGCCCGGGUCAACUCUAUCCAUCUUCUCUUGCCUGGUCCUCAAUUCUUCCACAGCCCCGACCUCCCUCCUCCCAUGCCUCAAUGUCCACCCUUCUAGUACUUGAUACCAUCUCUCCAGGCAGCUAAACAAGGGCUUCUUCACCACCAACCAGAUCCGGAGCUUCCCCAGGGCAGGAGAAAACUGCCCCUCCUCCUAGACAUCAGCCCCAACACUUACAGACCUUGGCCUGACCUCCAGCCCCAGCGCCACUUCCUGCCCCAGAAAUGGAUUGAUCAUCCUGUUAAAAUUCACCAGUCCAUUUGUCAAAGACCCUCCCAUUUGGACAUAGCCACAUUCAUCCCCUGGCUCCACUUGAAGAGUCAGCUUCAACUAAAAAAUAAAGUUCCUUUAGGGCCAGGAAAAUAAGUAAAUUGUAAUUCCACUUUGCAGGCUCAAAAAGAACCAUUGUAUAACCAAUGAAGGUUAUAAAUGUGUAUUCUUGGGAGAAUAGGAUUUCAUUCCUGAUUAUUUCAUUCACCAUCCAAUAAACAUUUGCUGCAUGCUUACUAAGCAACAGGUGUGUCGGGCUCUGAGAAUAGUGGUUAGUAGCAAAGUGGACCUGGAGCCAGGCAGUCCCCACAUGCAAAGCCACGUGGACUGGCCAGCCUUUGCCCUGAUAGUGAUAACAGAUUCAGGGAUAACAGCUCUCUAGAUUCAGGAAGCGCCCAGGGUACAAAUCUUCCUGCAAGUCACUGACAAGUGUGUUUCUCAGCCAGGUGGGCCAGAACCACCUGUCAGACCAGACCCCGGAGCCUCAGAAGCUGUUGUCCCCCUCUCUGGGAAUGCUCCUGCGUUAGGGGGCUAAAGCCCCAGAUCUCUCAGCCUAUCUGAGGGUGUUUCUCUGGAGACUUCGUGUGUGUCUCAUGUGUGUUUGGUUACUGUGGGUUUGUGGACUUGCUUUUAUUUUUAUCUAAUCUAAUUAAGGGGAAGUGAGCACCUCCCACAUGGAGGCAGUGUGCCUCUGUCAAUUUUCCUAAUGCUCUCCCUGCCAUGAGUCAGUCAUUCUGAGGUUUCUGGAGCCCCAGGACUCAGAAAGUGCCCCUCCCCUUGCUCUCGCCACCCCAGUGUGAUACCCUUAGUGUAGACAGACCCCAUGGACUCACUGCUCUUCCCUGACCCUAUCUAUAAAUGUAGGCCUAGAACAUGCUUCUGGGUUGCAAAACCCAGCAAAGUUCCUGUUUCAGUCUUGAUUUUGAAAUAUUCUAUGCAAGUGGGCAGGGGGGACCGUGAAGAUGGUAAGAGCUGGGCAGUCUCCACCUUCUUGAAAAGAGGCCAUGAUGGAGAUCAAAAGGUGUUUGGGGAAGACCCUGACUAAACAGCAAUCAAAUAAACAGUCCAAGGGGAA